AUGGACAUUUCCGUUGUGACUGGCAAGUCUCCCAGGUCGUCCGGUCAAGGGAGACAGCAGCAUCAGGAUGAAGAUGUUGAUAUGGACAGCGGGGCACUAGGCAAUCACGUAUGCAGCCAGAUCGACACAUACCCGAGCUACGAGGAAAACGGGAGGCUAUACCAUGGCUUUCGAAGAGGAAUGUACAUGUAUCCUUGCGACGAGAAUGAGCAGGAUCGGUUGGACCUCUUCCACCGGGUGCUCUGCGUGGCCCGCAAGGAGAUACUGCAUAGCCCGAACAUCAAGAUUCCCCCAAGCAUAAUGCGCAAUCCCACUUCAAUCCAUGAUCAGGGGCCUCGGAUACUCGAUCUAGGCUGCGGAACAGGUAUCUGGGCAAUCGACAUAGCAAAAAAAUAUCCUCACGCAUAUGUGCUUGGAAUCGACCUAGCUCCUAUGCAACCCACCAAUCGACCUCCUAAUUGUGAAUUCCAAUCUCCACGGGACUUUGAGAGCCCCUGGCUUCUAGGCGAGAAUUCCUGGGAUUUUAUUCAUCUUCAGAUGGGUUGCGGGAGUGUUUCGAACUGGCCCAACUUGUACAGCAAGGUCUUUGCGCACUUGAAACCUGGAACCGGUUAUUUCGAACAGGUCGAAAUUGACUUCGAGCCGUUUACCGUCAAUGGCAUGCCAAACGAACAUCUCUCGGAAUGGUACCAGCAACUGAAGGCUGCCACAGAUAAGGCUAUGCGGCCAAUUGCUUUCAAUCGCAGCAUGAAACACACCCUGAAGGAGGCUGGAUUUGUUGAUGUCAGGCAACAUGUGGAGGGAUUGCCACUCAACGAGUGGCCAGAAGACCCGUCUGACAAGUUGGUGGGAAAGUGGUACAAUCUCGCAUUCUCAGAGAGUGCACUGACGCUCUUGCAAGGACCGCUUACUCGAAUAAGUGGAAUGUCUCUUGAUCGCAUCCAGGACUUGGCUGAUCAAGCAAUCACUCAGGCCUAUGACAAAAAUGUCCAGGCGUGGAAUCAUCUCCAGGUUUACACGGCGCGGAAACCAAGGUGA